AUGGCAUUUCCUAACAGGUGGUCGAGAUUCAGGUAUACUAUCCGUGAACCAGCGGCCGAGUUUCUAGGCACGAUGAUAUUCGUGAUAUUUGGUACUGGUAGCAACUGCCAAGUAUUUUUGUCCAUGAACCCGAAUGUUGAAGCGGUUCCAAGAGGGGAUUUUCUUUCGCUCAACUUUAGCUGGGCUGCAGGCGUGGCACUCGGGGUGUGGAUCGCAGGAGGUAUAUCUGGAGGGCACAUAAACCCUGCAGUCACGUUUACUCUGGCAGUUUUCCGGGGGUUCCCUUGGAAAAAGGUGCCAUUCUACAUCUCCGCUCAGCUAUUGGGCGGAUUUUGUGGUGCUGGUGUUGUCUAUGCCAACUACUUCCAUGCCAUAAACAUAGUGGAAGGUGGGCCUGGCAUCCGAACUAUUAGUGGUUCGGGAGAUCUUCUUGCUACAUACGCCGCAAGCUUCCUGACCCCUGUUUCGUGCUUCUUUUCCGAAUUUUUGGGCUCUGCGAUAUUGAUUAUUGCUGUGCUCUGUGUCACUGACAAGCAAAAUGGACCACCCCCGCAGGGUCUCGUCCCUCUUUCCCUCUUUAUUGUGGUGCUCGGCAUUGGGGCAUCUCUGGGUAUGAACACGAGCUAUUCCCUGAAUCCUGCUCGAGAUUUGGGGCCGAGGUUCUUCACGGCAAUCGCAGGCUAUGGAACUGCAGUGUUCACAUACCGUAAUCAAUAUUGGUUAUGGUGCAUUGUGCUUGGUCCAGUCACCGGGAUGUUAUGUGGAGCAUUCGUCUAUGAUACGUUGAUUUUCAAAGGCAGCGAAAGCAUUAUAAAUAAACCUAACACCUGGACCACAGACCGCCAUCCUUGUGCCUGCCCAGGAGGAAAAGACAAGUUCCAUACGGGAGUCGAGAAUGCUUGA